UCUCAUAAAUGCAGAACCACAAAAUUGAAAUAGCGCGGAUCUGAAAAGUGAAUAAAUAGAUGCCAGGGGGGAGUGAGUCACAAGCACAUGAGUUGUAAGAGGUUGAACUUGAGAGACCAGAUCAGGCAAUGCUGCUUAAUACCAUCACAUGACCCGCCCCAGGCCCUGUAUUUAAUUAAAAUGAAGCGUGGGGCGCAGCAGACUGCAGAAGCACACACCGUUGCUCUUCGCGGAUGGGGCCACAGGAGCUAAAAGUUAAACCUUGAUUGCCUCAGUCUCUGAGAAUUCAGCAUGGAACGUCUCUGCUAUUUCCUGGGAUUUCUGCUUCUGGCUGCAAGAUUGCCACUUGACUCCGCCAAACGAUUUCAUGAUGCGCUGGGCAAUGAAGGACUUCCUGGUUAUGUGAGGGAGCACAACCAGUUGGAUGGCUGGUCUUCUGAUGAAAAUGAAUGGAAUGAAAAACUCUACCCAGUGUGGAAGAGGGGAGAUGAGAAGUGUAAAAACUCCUGGAAAGGGGGCUGCGUGAAGGCGGUCCUGACCAGCGACUCCCCAGCACUGGUGGGCUCCAAUAUAACGUUUGUGGUGAACCUGGUGUUCCCCAGAUGCCAAAAGGAAGAUGCCGAUGGCAACAUAGUCUACGAGAAGAACUGCAGAAAUGAGACCGGUUUAUCUACCGACCCAUAUGUUUACAACUGGACAGCUUGGUCAGAAGACAGUGACUGGGGCAAUGGCAGCGGCCAAAGCCACCAUCACGUGUUCCCUGACGGGAAGCCUUUUCCUCACCACCAUGGAUGGAAGAAAUGGAAUUUUGUCUACGUCUUCCACACACUUGGUCAGUAUGACCAGAAACUGGGACGGUGUUCAGCAAGAGUUUCUCUGAACACAGCCAACGUGACACUUGGCCCUCAACUCAUGCAAGCGACGGUCUAUAGAAGGCACAGGCGGACAUACGUUCCCAUCGCACAAGUCAAGGACGUGUACGUGGUAACGGAUCAGAUUCCUGUAUUUGUGACUAUGUCCCAGAAGAACAAUCGAAAUGCAUCUGAUGAAACCUUCCUCAAGGAUCUCCCCAUUACGUUUGAUGUCCUGAUUCACGAUCCUAGCCACUUCCUCAAUGAGUCUGCCAUUGACUACAAGUGGAACUUCGGGGAUAACACUGGCCUGUUUGUUUCCAACAAUCAUUCUUUGAAUCACACGUAUGUGCUCAACGGAACCUUUAGCCUUAACCUCACUGUGCAAGCUGCAGUGCCUGGACCUUGUCCGCCACCGUCACCCAGACCUCCACAGCCCACCUCUUCAGCAACUACCCUAAAAUCAUAUUCAAAUGCCCCAGGACGGGCUGGCGACGACUCCCUGGAGCAGAGUGAGAGUCUUGAUGAAAACUGCCAGAUCUACAGAUACGGCCACUUUAAAGCCACCAUCACGAUUGUGGAGGGAAUCCUAGAGGUUAACAUCAUCCAGAUGACAAAUGUCCUGAUGCCCAUGCCACAGCCUGACCAUGCCCUCAUCGACUUCGUUGUGACCUGCCUGGGGACCAUUCCCACCGAGGUCUGUACCAUCGUCUCUGACCCCACCUGCCAGGUCGCUGAGAGUGCAAUCUGCGACCCCGUGCAAGUGGGCAACACGUGCCUGCUGACCGUGAGAAGAGCCUUCGGCAGGUCCGGGACAUACUGCGUGAACCUCACACUGGGUGACGACACCAGUCUGGCCCUCACCAGCACCAUGAUCUCUGUUCCCGGCAGAGACCCAGCCUCCCCUCUAAGACUGGCAAAUGGUGCCCUCAUCUCCGUUGGCUGCUUGGCCUUAUUUGUCACUGCGAUCGCCCUCUUGGUGUUCAAAAAACACAAGGAAUACAAGCCAAUAGAAAGUAGUCCUGGAAAAGUGGUCAAAAGCAAAGGCCUGAAUGUCUUCCUCAACCGUGCAAAGGUGGUGUUCUUCCCAGGAAACCAGGAGAAGGACCCACUGCUCAAGAACAAACCUGGAAUUCUUUAAAUAUCAGCUUUACUUCUGAAGCUCGCUCUUCAGCACCAUGUAUGUGAGCUGUGCUGGAGUGGAUGACUAUUAACUUUUUUUUUUCCCAAAAGGUUACUGUAAAAUAGAUAUUGUGGUUUAGGGAGGUUGACUUUUUCAGCAGGUUAAAUGACAUUUUAAAGAAAUGCAAGGGAAUGAUACCGAGGGCAGCCUUAGCCAUGUUGUAUAACCGAUAGAACAACUUAGAAGCGCUUCCUUUUGUUACUUUUUAUGUUUCACUUAUAUUGCUUUAGGUGGCUAGUAGGAUAGACAUAGCAUGUCCCAGAGUAGGGGGAAAAGCUACUGUUCAUUAGAAUCUGACCCAGGUUAACUGGGAAGAGAGGCUGAAUACUUUCUAGCGUUCCAUACAUGCAUAAAACCAAUGUAGCCCGUCCUUAAGGUCCUGUUCCAAGGUAACUGAGUCCUAUUUCAAUGAACAUGCAUGAGCUACUAACAGAACAACAGCAGACCCAAGCCUUCAUGAAGAUGUGCUUGCUUGUCAUACUCAGAAAAAAUACUAAUCUAAUAAAUGAGUGUGAGUAUUUUGGUGACAACCUUCUCUCUGUCCAGCUGAGUAAAGGAAUGAUGUCUAUUCAUUCAUUUAUUCCAUGGACAUUUAUUUAGCACUUUCUGUAUUAUACCAGGCAUGAUGCUAAGUUCAUGGUCCCUGCACCCAAAGAGUUGAUCCCCUUAUGUUUAUAUCUGAAUUUCUGUAUACUCUGGUGCACAUAUUUGAAAUCAUAUAUUGUGAUUUUCCAGAG